AUGUUAAUUCUUUUCUAUGAGCUUUACUGGAAAAGAAGAAAUUAUCCACCAGGCCCGAUUCCACUGCCAAUCUUCGGAAAUCUCCUCGAAAUCGCUAAAGCUCCACCCGGCUAUGAAGCUUUUCGAAAAUGGCGGAAAGAUCAUGGAUCAGUAUUCACUUUUUGGCUAAGUCUUAAACCAAUCGUGGUGAUUGCUGACUUUGAUCAGAUGAGAGAAACAAUUGUGAAAGAUGGAGACAAGUUUACUGAUCGUUUCUCGUUUGAGGAUUUCAAUCGUUUUAUCAGAGGUGGCCUUUAUGGAAUUCUCACUUCAAAUGGGGAGAUAUGGAGAGAACAAAGAAGAUUCACUUUGCAUACGCUUCGCGAUUUUGGAAUGGGACGAAAUCUUAUGGAGACAAGGGUCGGUUUAAAU